CCUGCUUUACCCUGCUUUCUCUUCCAGCCCCGUCCUCCAAGAAACACACUGAAUCAUGGACGCCGCCGCAGCUUCCGCCGCCGCCACGGCCGCCGGCGACGAGGAGCAGGACCAGGCGCGGAUGGACGCCAUCACCGAAAAACUACAGACUCGAGACGCGAUGCGGCUGUACAACUGGCUCUCGCAGCGCUGCUUCUCCGACUGCGUCGUCACCUUCUACCGCCGGGCGCUCGGCAAGCGGGAGGAGGAGUGCGUCCGCUCCUGCGUCCGCAAGUACCAGCUCUUCUCCACAUCGUCCGCCGCGCGCUUCGCCUACCUCGCCGACCCCACCUCCUCCUCUUCGGCAGCAUCCGACGACUGAUUGGCCGAUGCGUGUGCCCAUCGACGCCUCUUUACGAGCCCAGUUAGUUGUCAUCUUGCUCAAGCCGGCUACUUUGUUUGCUUCAGUUUUUCUUCAGUCGAGCUUAGCUUUAGCUUUGUGAUCUCAAGGAAAUUGAAACGCGACGCCAUAAGAUGAGAGUAGAAGUUUACUACCAUUAGAAAUUGGAAGGCCAAGAGUAAUUUGUGCCACACAAGGAAUUUGGAAUUUUGAUGAAUGGAUGGAUGGAUGGAUUCUUCAUGUCCUGCGGUUUUCACUCUGAAUGAAUUUUGCUUUCCAUUUGCA